GCUGAUAUCGAUGUUGACUUCUGUUUUGAACAGUAACAUUGUGUUUUAGGUUAGAAUUGUAAUUCUAUUUGAAAUAUUGAAAAGAAAAUUUUCACCAGAUAUUUGAGUUCAACAUUGAAAUGAGUUGGGAUUUAUUUUUGUGUUUACUAAAUAAUUGUUUUGUAUUGCAUAUUAACAUAGUCUAUUCUUAACAAUUUAUUACAUUUACAGUAGUAUUUUGAAAUGGAUUUAGAACAAACACCAAGCAUUUUAGUUGUAAGUUGCUGUGAUAUGGAGCCAAGAUGCAUUGUCAAAAUGAUUCUAGAUGAAGAGAACACUAAAGUUUGUAGUGAACUGAUAGAAGGAGUUGAAGCAUUCCCUUGGCACAUCAGUACGAAGUAUUAUGAGACAGAUGUUGUAUUGUUUACACUGACAAAAAAAGUGUUACUACCUCAGAAUUUAGCUAGAGGAGUACAAGCUCUUGUUGUGUUCUUUGACAGUUCUGUGGAUGAUGGGCUGGAACGUAUGGAGAGCUGGAUGUCAUUCCUAAGAGAUUACGAUGUGGAUGUCAAUAUUCUCCUUUGUGAUCGCUGCAAUGAUAGUCCUUCUUCAGGGGUCUCUAAGCGAACAGCUCAAGAAUGGUGUGUAAAGCAAGGCUUCGAGCUGGUGGAAUUAAACCCAGAGUUGGAUGAGGAGUGGGAAGCUGAGCAAGAUUUCAUAGAAACAACUGGUAUCAAGCGAGUUGUGCAAGCCUUGCACGCUCACGUCUGGCCCAACCUCACCAUGAAAG